AUGCAGGCUGGUUACUACAGAGGGGAGAUUGUUUCGUUGUUAAGGAAGCAUAAGGUGAUUAAAUUUACCCAUACUGAUUCACGACUUGCUAACAAUGGCCUCGCAGUCUCUAUCCAGAGGCUUAGAUGUCGUGCCAACUAUGAGGCUCUUCGAUACACAAAUGAGAUAGAGGAGCUUGGGAAGAUAUUGAUCGAUAGACUUAGGAGAGAUGGUGAGCCAUAUAUUGCUCUUCAUUUAAGAUAUGAGAAAGAUAUGCUUGCAUUCACUGGCUGCAGCCACAAUCUUACCACAGCAGAGGCUGAGGAACUUCGUAAAAUGAGGUACAGUGUCAACCACUGGAAGGAGAAAGAGAUAGAUAGCGAAGAACGACGACUUCAAGGGGGAUGCCCAAUGUCUCCCCGGGAGACAGCUCUAUUCCUAAAAGCCAUGGGGUAUCCUCCAUCUACGACAGUAUACAUAGUUGCAGGAGAAAUUUACGGUAAUAACAGCAUGAACGCAUUUCGUUCAGAGUUUCGAAAUGUUUCUCCCACUCCACUCUUGCAACAGAGGAAGAGUUGGAGCCUUUCAAGCGUUAUCAGAAUCGCCUUGCAGCCUUGGAUUAUAUUGUAG